CUCCUCUCUCUCUCUCUCUCUCUCUCUCUCCCUUCCAUGAUUUCUUCUUGGUUAAAACCUCAAUUUGUCCCUCAUCUUUGGUACUGAUCCCCUAUUAAUCCAUUUUGGUCAAGAUACGUCAAAAAAUUUAAACGCGUAAGAUUUACGGGGAUGCCAUGGAAAAAAACUAUUCAACCUUUCCGGGUCAGCAUCACCAAGGAACAGAGGCAUCGCCUUCGCCAAGGGUUCCACCUGGAGAAUUGUAUACCAAUGUGCCUUACUACUGAGAGCGAUCAAUUGAAUUAUGGAUGGGUGUGUCAUUCAGGUGUAUGACAGCUUAUUGGACGCAGAUGCCUUUUGUGGUUCUCGUGAUUGCGUGAUUGCAGACUAUAUAAAAUCUGGCUUGGUGAAUAUGUUAGCUGUGCUUUUACAGCUACUUCUGUUGAUCUGCUCCUUUAAGAUGUGGUUCAUUUCUGAGUGCUAGUUGUUACAACUGCUGAUCUAGGCUAGUCUUUGUAUCUUUCUUGGGAAACAGUUUUCCGGUUUGAAUUUAAUUUGUACUAGUAGUUUUGAUCACAUAAUUAGCAAGUGAAAUGCUUUAGCUAUUUUGCUCAUGUGUAUAGUUGUUGUAUUUGCUUACUUUCUUGAUCUUGUUAUUCAUACUGAGCCUGCUAAAUAAUGACCUCUAAAGCUAACUAUGGACAAUAUCUCUAUCUUUUGGUAUGAAGUUUAUGUACGUGUGUUAUGUUUUUAUAUUUCUUUAUUUUGUCAUAAGUUUAGAGCACAAUUGCUGCAAAAGAAACUGUCAAGGAAAAC